UCACGGCCUCCAACGAGGCUUUCCUUCUCGGCAUGACGGGAAACAAAGUACUCCAAACAAUCCCCAAUAACAUGAAGGACUUGUCGAUCGAUUGGCAGCCUAUUCAAGACGGGUUUCAGAUGAAAUUGCGAGGUUUUUGUGGAACGUAUUUGCGAGGAAACGGUGGUCCACCGCCGUGGAGGAACGCGGUGACCCAUGAUACCCCUCAUACUGGUUCGACUCUUAGUUGGAUUUUGUGGCACUUGGAGGCGGUGGAUAUGUCGGAAAAUGAGUCGCUGACGAGUUAUUUGUCGAUGGUUUCGAGUUUUUCUUCUAUUUCCGAUGAACUUUCCGGCCUGGAUAUUGAUUCGCCGUUGUCGACGAAGUCUUUCAAUUCCUUUGCAAAGAAGGGGAGCUCUCUCAACUCAACUACAGCAAUGGACCUCUUCCUCAACGCCAGCGCCGUACGCCUCCGUAGCCACCACAACAAGUACUUGACGGCCGACGAAGACGAAGAGUCUGUCACCCAAGACCGUGACGGCUCCUCCAAGAACGCACGUUGGGGCGUUGAAUUCGUCGACACCGCUGACAUCAUGCUAAUCCGCCUGAGGAGUUGCUACAACAAGUACCUCACUGCUUCUAAUCAGCCUUUCCUUCUUGGCAUGACCGGACGGAAAGUGACUCAGACUCUCCCUCGCCGCCUUGACUCCUCCGUCGAGUGGGAGCCCAUCAAAGAAAGUAAUUGUGUGAAGCUUAAGACUCGGUACGGCCAGUUCCUCCGUGCGAAUGGUGGCCUGCCGCCGUGGAGGAACUCUGUAACUCACGAUAUUCCUCACCGGACCGCCACUCAGGAGUGGAUUCUCUGGGAAGUUGAUGUAGUUGAGAUCGUUGUUCAUUCGCCGAUGCCGAAAUUAAGCCCUCAGUCCGAUUCAUUUGCAUCGGAAUCAAGCUCGCCUUCAACUCAUUCUAUGAAGUCCCCGGCCAGCUUUUCCAGACAAGAGUCAGGUGAUUCUUUUGUUGAUUCGCCACCUAAGGUGGGAGAGGGUAGGACUAUAUAUUAUGUUGUUGCAGAUGAAUCCGGGGUAGUGGAUGAAGAUGAGGAGCCUUGUUUUACAUUUAAGGGAAAUGGGUUUAUGGAACUGACUAAGAGGCUGGAGGAAGAAACAGGGCUUGAAAAUAUCACUGUGUGCUCGCGAAGCCCAUUGAAUGGGAAGCUUUAUCCCCUCAGAUUGCAGCUUCCUCCAAAUAAUACGCCUAUGCACGUUGUUGUGCUUCAAUCAUCAUCAAAAGUGGCUGGAGAAUUUUAGAAACCAGGAAUGCCAUUUUAAGAUGAAACACAGAAGACAUUGCAGUUUUGCUUACAGAGAGACAACCCAAGUACAUGUAAAAACAUGUGCAUUCUGCGUCUUGCCAUCUUUACUCUUGCUGGAACCAUUGAGGAAUCGGUUUGAGCAUCAUACGCCUAUUAAUACUGUUGAAUUUUGAAAGCAUUUUUUUUGUAAAUACAUGUUAGUGGAUGAAGGAUGAAGAGGACGAUUUACUUGGCAGCUUCAUCUAUCUGUUUGUGCUAGUCUCACCGAGUGUUCCACGACAGUUGAUUUUGUCGUAAAAGUUGUGUGCACAAAUUUUUUCACUUGGGAUGUUUAUAGAUUGAUGGCUUGUAUCUCCUAUUCGUUUAUUUAUUUUUUUCCCCUCAAAGGGACUUC